CAAAACAUUACACUAUUUCGAACAAGCAGAACUUACUAUAGUCGAAGACUGUUUACACAAGUUAUGGCACAAAUCGUUGAAUAAAAUAUUUUUUAACAGAAGUAAUUAUAAGCAACGCAACAUUAAAUACAGAGAUAAGAUAUAUAACGGCAUUUACAUCUUUAUAGACAUCUCGAUUGCUGUCAUAUAUCCAAUCAUCUGAUUGGGUCAUAAGACAAAUAAUACGUGCUUGUGUCUUGCGUCGUAGUUCGAGGAUCACGAUAUGGUUAUCUGAGUAUUUCGUUUGGUACAAACGUUAGUUAGAAAGAAAACCUUAUGUGCGAACAUCGACAGUACGCGAGAACAUUUCGGCAGUGUCUUUUGUUCUUUGAAAGUGUUAAAACGAAUGAUGAUUACCGGACCAAAAAUUGUUAUUGUUGGUGCAGGAGCUGCUGGUAUUGCUGCUGCAGCUAGAUUGCUAGCAAACGGCUUGGGAAAUGUAACGAUUUUGGAGGGAAAAGACCGAAUUGGCGGUAGAAUACACACGGUAGAAUUUUCUGAUAAUGUUGUUGAAUUAGGAGCACAAUGGGUUCACGGUGAACAAGGAAAUGUUGUUUUUGAUCUUGCAUUUCCACAGAAGCUAUUGGAUUCAUCGAGAUGUUUUAAUGAUGUUAAUGCACAUGUUUUUGUCAAUGCAAAGGGUGAAGUACUGCCACAAAAAGAAGCCGCAGAAGUAUUAAAAAUAUAUUAUGAUAUUUCCGAGCACAUGUCAGAUGAUGUACACAAUGCAAAUUCAUAUGGAGAAUAUUUUGUAAAACAAUUUUACAAUAUUUUUGAGAAAAAUCCAUUUACUAGCCGCGAUAGAGCUGAACAAUUUUUGGACUGGAUGGAAAAAUUUGAUAAUUCAAUUCAAUGCAGUGAUUCAUGGUUUGAUGUCUCUGCGAAGGGAAUCACAGAGUAUUGGACAUGCGAGGGAGAUCUCAUACUUAACUGGAAAUAUCAUGGCUACAAAACGUUAUUUAAUUUGUUAUCUAAACUAUCAAGCACAAAACAUGUACUGCCUAUAAUGGAGAAAGUAGAAUUUAAUAAGGAUGUUUGCAGUAUCGACUAUACGUCGAAUAAUAAUAUAAUUGUAAAGACAAAGGAUGGCUCAAAGUACACAGCAUCUCAUGUCAUAUUCACUGCUUCUCUUGGGGUAUUGAAAGAGAAACACGAUACUAUGUUUACGCCAAGUUUACCUCAGUACAAACAACAUGCAAUAAAGGGUCUGAGCAUUGGAACUGUAAACAAAAUUUUUCUAGAAUUUCCGCAUAGGUGGUGGCCAGAAGAUUGCGCUGGUUUCAGUUUAAUAUGGUCCAAGGAAGAUAAGGAAGGGUUCCUUAAAUCCCAUGGACAAGAAUGCGAGUGGCUAUGCGACGUGUUCGCACUUAUUGCUGUUGACUAUCAGCCACGAGUAUUGUGCGCUUGGAUCGCUGGCAAACAUGCAAAACAUUUAGAAUUGGUUUCCGAUAGCGAUGUGUCCGAUGGCUUGCAACUUUUAUUGGAAACGUUUCUAGAGAAGUCUUAUAAUAUCCCAAAAUUUGAUCAAAUGCUUAGGUCAUCAUGGUAUACCGAUGAACAUUUCCGUGGAUGUUAUAGCUUUAGAAGCAAGACAACUGAAAAGCUAAAUGUAGAAGCUAAAGAUCUAGCGAAACCAAUUCUGGCAGCUGAUGGGAAACCUAGCAUUUUGUUUGCCGGAGAAGCAACGCAUGAUCAUUAUUACUCCACCGUGCACGGAGCGGUUGAAACUGGGUUCAGAGAAGCGGAUAGGAUAAUCGACUUCCAUAGAACGUGUGGUUGGUUAAAGCAAGUAGUAAACAGCUUCGACAAAAUGGGGAAGAAGUUGAAUACUGCGAAUGAAAUAACGGAAAGAACGAAAGUUGCGAUAGUAGGUGCAGGUAUAGCGGGAUUGGCAGCCGCCAAGACACUGGAGGAAGCGAAUUUCAAGGAUUACUUGUUGAUCGAAGCCCAGAGUGAAAUCGGUGGCCGGAUACGAACGAUACCGUGGAACGAAGGCUGGAUAGAGUGCGGUGCUCAGUUCUUGCACGGGGAUCAAAGUCAAUUGGGAGAGCUGUGCUACCAACACGACCUAAUUUCCGACAUCGACUUCAGAGACGGCCAGGGCGUCUUCGUCCGCGACAACGGCGUCGACGUAGACCCAGCCUUGGUAGAAGAGAUACGCGACCUCGUUCGCGACACUCUAGAGGAUUGCGAGAACGAAACGAAAUAUUUGGAGGAGGGUUUCGAGAAUCUCGGUAAUGUCCUGAAGAACGCGUUGAAACACCACUUGCAGGAAACGAACGACUCGCCGGCCACGGCGAGCAUAAAGCAGGAGCUGAUGGAUUGGAACAUCAGAUUCCUGGUGAUCGAUAAUUCCUGCUUCACGUUGGACGACCUGUCCACCAAAUAUUGGUGCAAGUUCCAGUUUGUCGGCGGUUCCGAGAACCUCCUGUUCAAGAACGGCUACAGCAGCUUGACGAACACGAUCGCCAGCAGGUUGAGCGCGGCGAACCUAAGAUUGAACACCAUCGUGGACUCCGUGGAAUGGCAUCGAGUCGUCGAUAAGAAUCACGAGGCACCUGUUGUAUUGAAACUGUCCGACGGUACUCGGAUCCUCUCUGACUGCGUGAUUAUCACUAGCUCCCUCGGUUACCUGAAAGACAAUCACAAGGCCAUGUUCGUUCCACCUUUACCGCAACCGUUCAGUCAGGCGAUUGAAAAUCUUGGAUACGGUUUGAUUAACAAGGUCUUCCUGGACUUCGGUAAAGCUUGGUGGAAACGGGACACGAAGGGAUUUCAGUUCCUCUGGGCGGAUUGCCAGUCAGAGACACCGAACGGUACAACAGAGGCCUCGUGGGCUAGGGAUCUUACCGGCUUCGACGUUCUGCCCGAUCGCGACGGUGUUCUCCUCGGCUGGGUCGGCGGCCGGGGGGCCUACACCAUAGAGACCCUCACCGAGCAACAGGUGGCAGCCGACUGCGAGAGCCUACUCAAGCAGUUCCUGAACCUCGACUCGAUACCACCGGUGAAGAGGUGUCUGCGAACCAAGUGGAACUCGAAUCCGUACGCUCGAGGCAGCUACAGCUACAUCCCGACGAGGUGCGACGACAAAGGCAUCACGCCGGCGAUCCUGGCGGAGCCAAUUUGGAGCAAGGUGUCGGGGAACUCUGGCAGCAAGGACAUGCCCACCGUUAUGUUCGCCGGCGAAGCGACCAACGACACUUACUUCUCCACGACGCACGGCGCCUACGACACCGGCGCGAAACAGGCUCAAACUUUUCUACGCUAUCAGGUAUUAAAGAAUUGAUCGUACAACGUGGCCGGCACAGUCAACGAUAGGUACAGUUCGAACAUGUUCCUCGUACAAUAUAUACGCAUACGUCUACACGCGCACAGUUCUGGCUGGAGGCGGAGAGAGAUUCUGUUUGAUACGGUGCUGUCGUGCCAAUUACUCGACAAAGUCAAAUGUGUAAGCAGGUGUGAACGUGCUGUGAAGAUGGACAAGUAUGAACGCAGUGUGAACGUAGAGAGACGGCAAGUAUGAAUAGAGUGACGACUGAUGACCACGACGUGCUUGACGCUCGAGAAUGUUCAAGGUUCGGAAGCGAUGAAACGAGCGACACGUCCGUGGUCAUCGGUCAAUCAUGAAACGCCGAACGCCGAUGUAACCGCGUCCAUUUGAAAUUCAAAAAAUCCUUGCAACUGUGAACUCUAUAUUUGUAAAUAUACAUAUAUUCGAUAAUAGCUGUUUUUCUUGGUUUUUUUCUUCUCCGAUACGCUGGAGUUCAUUUGCUUUCGGAGAACAGGCUUAUCUGUCGGCUUCGUCUGGACCCCUAGCAGCGAUCAGGCAGAGAAGCGAACUUCCCGGUGAACCGGUUAUCAGAAUGGACGCUUGGUUUUGAGCGGCAACCCUUAUAUUAUCUGCUCAGAAUUGCAGAAUUUUUCAGUGCCGUUUUCGCGUUUCUACAUAGCCAAUUCUACAGAAAUCUGGGAUAGUUCUGAACGGUUUUCAGCAGUUGCUGGUCCUAUGGUCAGCUUACAGGCUGAAGAUAGUGACUUCUAUUAAUAUCCUCGAAUGAUUAAUCCCCUCGCUUGUUUGCGUGGCGGGAGAAAUUACAGGAAUCCAAUUAAACGUUAUUUUCAAGACGGAACGGAGAAAAAUAUUGCAUUGAUCAUUAAGAAAAUCACUUCGGCGAGGGAAGCCAGUGCGAUCGUAAUUUUUGUGACCCGUCCAAGUUUGUGGCAGGAGGAAGAAACAAGUUUUCCCAGAACCUCUUGCUCUAGAACGGACACGACAGUUCAGUGAGGCGACUGAAGUUGUUCAGUAUAGUUUCAUUGACAAGGUCUUCCAAAUUCCGGAAAUCCCCACUGUCACCGACACCGGCGCAAAACGCUGAAACCUGUCUGCCGUAUCAGGUAUUAAACAAUUGGUCGUACAACAUACUCUGCACGUGUUCCUUAUAGAAUAUAUACAUACAUCUACACACUCGCAGCUCGAGGUGAAUAGACACUCUGAUACGGUGUUGUGCCAAUCACCUUGACGAGUCAAACGUGACCUCUACAUUUGUAAAUAUACAGGCACUCGAUAACAGCUGUUUUUCUCGGCUCGCUCUUCGUCGAUACGGAGUUCAUUUGUUUUUGGAGUACAAGCUUAUCAGUCUAUCAGCCUCCCGCCAUCCGGCGCCAAUGGCGCCGUGCACCGUUGCGUAGUUGCCCGGGUUGGUGGCCUCGCCGGCGAACAGGAUCACCUGAAAAGACCACGCUGUGAAUCCUGAACACGACUCACUGGAAAAAGAACCUACUGGUUUGCCCAUUUUCAAGACUGGUUCGCCCAGCUGCCGUGCGCUCGUCUGCGUCUUAGCGGUGUCCACGCUUGGGUAGCUGUACGUCCCCCGGAAGUGCUUGUUCUGAUGCCAUUUGCUCCUGUAAACGAGAAACGAGAUUUCGCAAUCAGAGAUAAACUCGAAGACAGAAUAUCACAGCUAGAAGACAACCGUACCUUAUCAUUGCCACCGGAUCAGUGACAUUGUAAUCCUUCGAGAAGAAGCUGUGCAGCAGUUCUUUCGAGUGCUCGAGGACUUCCUCGUCCGUGAGGUCAUCCAUAAGAGCCCCACCUUUCCCAGAGAUCCACAGCAGCAGCAAACGAGGUUUGUGCUCGACGAUGUUCACCGACGCCGUGUACGGCAUCCACUUCUUCUUCGGCUAACGGAGCAUAUCGAUUACUAUGAAUAUAACAAUACAGUUCUUCAAGGUCGACGUAUACUCACGUCGUUCUCCAGCUCGUUCCGGUACGCGUCGCUCCACAUCAGAAGAUACACGAGAUUCUUGAAGUCCCUUUCGUUGUACCAGGUGUCGUCGAAGGCUAGCCAGACUUUGGCCGCGUUCCCGAAGCCUAUGUUCUGAAGCAGUAAAUCUUCAACUAAUCUGUUCACUAAUUACUGAGACUUACUCGUUAAUUACCGAGAGUACCGUACCUUAAUGUUCUUAAUCUUCGACUCCGGCAGCUGGGGAUUGAACAUCGCCUCGUGCUGAGCUUUCAGCACCCCCAAAGAUGGCGUCAUUAUCACAUGGUCGGCGACGUACUCUUUGCCAUCCUUCGUGGUCAGCUUCACGGGACCGUCCUCGCUCGAGUAGUCGAUCUUCGUCACCUCGGCGUUCAGGAUCGUCUUGUUCAGCACCGGCAGCUCCUCCUCUGGGUUCGGCAGCUUUUUCUAAACGGAACAAGCGUGUCACAUUGCAUUCCACGGUAUUGGGUCAUUGAAUGGUUUAGAAUACGGACCAUUAGGAUGUCUAGAAUGGUACUGUAGCCGCGAUUCUUCCAGUUAACAGCUCUGUCUCCGCCCGAGCCUUCUUCGUUGCCUUGACACGCCGCGAUGUCGUCCCAUGUGUCGGCAGGGUCAAGCCCAGUUACCAUUAUGUUGUACGUCCAGAGCAGCUCCUCUAUCGUCGUCUCGUUCAGCGCCGGAUAUUGAGCUAAUUCCUCUCUCAAUCUGUCAAAUGCGCAUUGAAUGUGUCUAACGAUUCAUCUAAUUCUGGUAUUAUCCCUUUGCGGUUGAAUAUUGUCAUAAUAGAGACAAACUUUGAUAUCCAAAUUCCAGCUGCAGAUGAAUUUAGCCCUUUGCGCUCAGCUCUCACAUUUGACUUCAUACAGUGAAACUAUAAAAUUGAUAUUUAACACAUUGCGUACACUAAUACUUUAACACUAUGCGACUUCGCUAAUUACCACAGCAUUGAAAAAAUAUAAAAUUUAACUCGAAUU